UCCACCAUAUAAGUAUAAAAACAGAGACCUUGAAAAGACACAGCAAACUAGGCAUCCUAUCUCCUCCUUUUCCAAGUUUCCUGUUACUUUAAUUCAAUUCAAUUCAAUCCCUUUUUCCUACUCCCCAUUCAUUUAUUUACUAUUUUAGGUUUGGUCUCUCCGUAUAUAUAUAUGCUCCCCACUUCUUGCCCACCACCCUUGUGAUCAUAGGCCCCAGUGAAAAACAAAAACUAGUUUUUGGGUGCAGGAACAGGUUGAGGAGAAAGACUGAGAGGUUUGGAGAAAAGGGUUUGUUUCAAAACCUGAUCUUUUGGGUUAGUUGGUUUCAAGUUUUGAUCUUUUGGGUUGGUUGGUUUGGUUGAUUGAGAUAUGGCCAUUGAGGCUCAGAUGUAUUCGAAAAAUCUUGGGUUUCCAUUGUUUGGCUCACAGGAUUGGAUGGUGGAAAAUUGUGGGGGUGGUAUUGGUGGGUUCAGUCAGUUUAGUUUCAAUGCUCAACAGAAACACCAACUUCAACAACAAUUUCAGCAGCAACAACUACAACUACAAAACCAGCAGCAGAUAAUGGAUCAAAAUCUCUGCUUUGAAAACAGUAUUCCUGUCCCCACUUUGGAAAACAACAGCAGCAACAUUAUGGCCUCCUCCUUUUCUCAAACAUUUGAAGCUCAGGCUGCCAAGCAGAGGCAAGAGAUUGAUCAGUACAUCAGAUUACAGAGUGAGAGAUUGAGAAUGAUGCUGCAAGAGCAGAGAAAGCAGCAGCUCGCAAUGCUGCUGAAGAAUAUAGACUCCAAGAUACAAGUACUUUUAAAGCAGAAAGACGAAGAAAUCACACAAGCAAACAGAAGACAAAUGGAGCUCGAAGAUUUUCUCAGAAAAUUGGAGGCAGAAAACCUGGCAUGGCAAAGAGUGGCACAAGAAAACGAAGCCAUGGUCAUGACAUUAAACAACACACUAGAACAGUUCAGGGAGAGGGCCAUGUUUUGCAACGUGAAUGGUGGAGAAGAUGCAGAGUCCUGCUGUGACAAUUACAGAGAAGAAGAAGGAGAGAGUGAUGGAGGAGGAGGUAAAAAGAUGAAGGCUUGCAGAAGAUGUAAUUCUGGGAGUUCGUGUGUGCUGUUUCUUCCCUGCAGGCACCUCUGUUCAUGCAAAGAUUGUGAGGCCGUUCUGGAUUACUGCCCGGUUUGUAGAACGCCAAAGAAGGCCAGCAUUGAGGCUUUGCUUUUCUAGGCUGCUUUUCCGGGAAAAUGUAGAUAGAAAAAAAAGAGAGAGAAAGUGACUGAGAAAUGCUUUUAGCAGCAUGAUGUUAUGAUGUUGGUAAUGUGAACAGAACCAAUUUCGAUGCAAAUUGUUUUUUUUUUUUUUUUUUUUUUUGGGGAUUAAUUAAUCAUUUAUUUAUUUUCCUUUUGGGGUCUCUGGAUUUAGAUUUCAGUUUGUACGUUAGAUAACCAAAAAAAGCAAAUUGAACAGAAAAAUACAGGACAUGGCAUCUUUUCCUUUGAUGGAGAGGGUGUUGCUUUUUGCCUC